AUGGAGAACGAUAGUAAUACAAGUGACAAGCCAACAGACGUAGAACCUAUUAAUAACGAUGCCAUGGAAGUCGAUGAAGAGAUGGAUGAAUUUGACGAUAAUGAGGAUGCACCAAUAAAUAAUGCCAUGCUGUUCCAAACAGAUGAGAAGACACAAGAGCAGGAGACUUCUGAAAAUAAUAAGGGGAAGGAUAAAUUAUUUGAUCUUCCGGAAUUUACGAGGAAAGAUAAGACAUUAGACGAGAUUUUGAAUCUUAUGGAAGAUAAUCCACCAAUUAUACCUGAUACAGUGAUAAAUUACUACUUAAUGAAGAACGGGUUUGAUUGUGCUGAUCUUCGAGUGAAGAGACUGUUAGCUCUAGCAACACAGAAAUUUGUUAGCGAUAUUGCAGCUGAUGCUUACGAAUAUUCUAGGAUAAGAUCCUCUGUGGCUGUUCACAAUGCUAAUAAUGGACAAUCGAGAGCUCGACAGUUGAUGUUGGGACAACAACAACCUCAAAGUGUGCAACCCCAAUCGACAGAGAAGGGUGUGCAGGGCAAGGUGGUUCUUACUGUGAAUGAUCUAAGUAGUGCUGUUUCAGAAUAUGGGUUAAAUAUUGCCCGUCCAGACUUUUAUCGUUAA